AUGAAAGGUUUCCUAGUAUACAGUUAUUUACCGGUCAUUGCAACACCAUGGCUCCCUUCAUCCUUCAUCAUUAAUUUGUAUUACAUUGCUGAUGUGUAUUGUAUCUUCAUGUUCUACAGUAGUUCUUCAUAUGUGACAUGGAUAAUAUUCCAAGAAAUUGAGGCUUCUGUUCUAAAAAUAUCUAUUUUCUCAUGAACUCAAAAUCUGACCCAGAAAUGUGUGUCCUCCAUCUGAAUGUAAUCACCCACAAAGGCCUCAAUAAUGUUAAUGACCUUCUGAAGAACCUGUAU